ACUCUGGGGAGAUCCACGGCGGAUUGAUCAAAGCACGUCACGAAGCUGAUCUUCAGUUCAGUCUGUGAUCUGUGUGUGUUUGGGAUGUUGGAUCAUCAGUGUGUGUCUCCAGUCAUCGAGGUCUUCAUUCCGUCUCUCAUGAGGGAAGUGGACGAGACGGGAAAGUUGCGCAAACUCUUCAGGGUGGAGAUUCUCUUCAAUGGAAGGAAACACUUUGUUUUGCGGCGAUACAGUGAUUUUCAGACGCUUCACAGGAAGCUGAAGAAGAUUGUGCGCGCUCCCGAUUUCCCUAGUAAGAGAAACCAGCACCUGCGAACCAAACCACUGGAGCAAAGACAACAGGAACUGGAAGACUACAUCCAGGUGAUUCUGUAUCAGAAUGAUGUUGUUCCUCAAGAGCUCCUGGACUUCCUGCAGGUCAAACAUUUUCAUUCAGCGAGCAAGACCUGCAGCUCUGAUGAAAACCACUCAGACGACUGUCAAGAGCAAGGAUACAGAUUUCAGUCAUUCCAUCAGAGAGUAGUUGGUUUCUCUGCAGACCCUUACCAGCUUGAAUCCAGAUCAGACCUCCCUGAUAUCGUGGCGGCCGGUGUCCUGCAGGGUAUGUACCCCCGAGACGUCAAAGUGAGUUUCAAGAAGAUCUGUGGUAAACCCAGUGUCCUCGCCUGUGCACCAGAGCUGUCCGUGUAUCCCAGAAUCCCCAUCAUUACCAUAAACAGAAGUGACAUCAGCUCCCUACCAGAGUCACAGAGAACAUAGGUGCAUCACUGCAGUGUUACCUAGCAACCUCACUUGUCUAAAUGUGCCUUUGCAUGUUUAUAUCGACUGAAUCUCGUCUAGAAACGGUCCAUUUUCCAACCUUAAAAUCAAAGAAAAUAGUCCCAUCAAUUAUACGGACAAAAAUAAUAUUACAAGGAUGUAGAAUUAAUUGUACUUUGUUACUAUAUUACAUAUUAUACUAUAUUGGGAGAUAUUAGUUUAAAAUAAAUGUGCUGAUUUGGAGCUCAAGACCCAUUUAUUGUCAAAGUUGAAAAGUUGCGCUGCUUAAUGAUUGUUAAUAUUAUUUGGUUUUGUGCCCGUCAGACAAAUCUUUAUGGUCUCAUGAGAUAUUUAAAGGAACACUCUGACUUUUUGGGACUUUAGCUUAUUCACUGUAUCCCCCAGAGUUAGAUAAGUCCAUACAUACCUUUUUCAUCGCCGUGUGUGCUGUAACUAUCUGACGCACCCACCAAUAGCCUAGCUUAGCAUAAAGACUGUAUAUAAAUGGCUACAGCUAGCAUAAUCCCAUUAAGAGACAAAAUAACACAAUUUUCCUAUUUACAUGUUGUGAUUUGUAUAAUCACAGAGUGUACAAAUAACAAGGUAAUAUGAGACACAGAUAUCCUUUAACCGUAUAAAUAUUGGGAACUAUAUUCUCAGAAGACGAAGCACUGCUACGGUUAUCACUCCGCCCAAGUAGCAGUGCU